CCGCCCCUCGCGCGGGGUCCGCGUCUGCGGCUGCGUUCCCCGAAAGACGAGGCUGCGCCCGGAUUCCGGUCCGCAGGGAGACCGAAGGGCACCGCUCCCCGCGCCACGCACGCCGCCCGAGCCCGAAGUGCGGACACCCCAGGGAUGCUUGCGCCCCAGAGGACCCUCGCCCCGAGACCCCGCGCCGGCCCCAAGCCCGCCCGGAGCAUGCUGCCUGCAGCCAUGAAGGGCCUCGGCCUGGCGCUGCUGGCCGUCCUGCUGUGCUCCGCGCCCGCUCAUGGUCUGUGGUGCCAGGACUGCACCCUGACCACCAACUCCAGCCAUUGCACCCCGAAGCAGUGCCAGCCGUCAGACAAGGUGUGUGCCAGUGUCCGAAUCACCGACCCCAGCAGCAGCAGGCAGGAUCACUCGGUGAACAAGAUGUGUGCCGCCUCCUGCGACUUCGUCAAGCGACACUUUUUCUCAGACUAUCUGAUGGGGUUUAUUAACUCUGGGAUCUUAAAAGUCGACGUGGACUGCUGCGAGAAGGAUUUGUGCAAUGGGGGCGCCGGGGCAGGGCACAGCCCCUGGGCGCUGGCCGGGGGGCUCCUGCUCAGCCUGGGGCCCGCCCUCCUCUGGGCAGGGCUCUGAGGUCUCCUCCUUCCCACAGGGCUUCUCAGCUUGCUCCCCUGAGCCUGUGGCUGCCCCCUUCCUGGCCUGGCCUGGCUGGGGCUGGGGGCAGCCUUGGCCCAGCUCUGUGCCUGUGGCCGGUGGCUCUCUCUCCUCCCCCGAUGUGAAGCCUCCCUGUCUCUCCGCCAGCUCUGAGUCUUGGGCAGCUGGACAUCCCCUGGGAACCCAGCCAUCUGGGCAGGAGAUCUGGGGAGGAGGGCAGGGGGUUGGGACCCCCCAGGUCCCAAAGGGGAAGUGAAGCAACAGCCUAGCUGGAAGGGUGUCUUCUAUAGAGAAAUAAAGUCACUUUUGAGUCCUGAGA